GAGCUUACUUCCGGCCACCUCAGCGGGAAGCGGAGACGCAAGCAGCUGGAUCUUCGGCAAGUAAGGUAGAGGUACGACUGCCGUCGCGGCGGAGGAAGUCAAGGCGACGCCUACGGCCGUGCGGGCCACUGUCGGGUCCCUGUAGCCUGCGAAGAUGGUGUUGCUCACGAUGAUCGCCCGGGUGGCAGACGGGCUCCCGCUGGCCGCCUCGAUGCAGGAGGACGAACAGUCUGGCCGCGACCUUCAGCAGUACCAGAGUCAGGCUAAGCAGCUCUUCCGAAAGCUGAAUGAACAGUCCCCUACCAGAUGUACCUUGGAAGCUGGUGCCAUGACUUUCCACUACAUCAUUGAGCAGGGAGUGUGCUACUUGGUUUUGUGUGAGGCUGCCUUUCCUAAGAAGUUGGCUUUUGCCUACCUAGAAGAUUUACACUCUGAGUUUGAUGAACAGCAUGGAAAGAAGGUGCCCACUGUGUCUCGACCCUAUUCCUUUAUUGAGUUUGAUACCUACAUUCAGAAAACCAAGAAGCUCUACAUUGACAGUCGUGCUCGGAGAAACCUGGGCUCGAUCAACACUGAAUUGCAAGAUGUGCAGAGGAUCAUGGUGGCCAAUAUUGAAGAAGUGUUACAACGGGGAGAAGCACUCUCAGCUUUGGAUUCAAAGGCUAACAAUUUGUCCAGUCUGUCUAAGAAAUACCGCCAGGAUGCAAAGUACUUGAACAUGCGUUCCACUUAUGCCAAACUUGCAGCAGUAGCUGUAUUUUUCGUCAUGUUAAUAGUGUAUGUGCGAUUCUGGUGGCUGUGAAGUAAUGAACCAGUCACUGGCAAGGGAGAACCUACAAUUCGGCAGGUGUAUGUUUUCAGGAAGCUGAGCUCACAGAGAUGUGUAUUAGAAUCCAAGUGGAAUUUCUGCCUCUAAAGACCUUGCAAGAAAAGAUACGCCCUGAAAAUGAAAGGUUACACCUCAUUUAACGAAGCUUAACCCUGUGUAGAAAGUCUCUUGUGUGGGCAGAGGCUUUCUCUGGGUGCUAAGCCAUAUGUGUUAGGGAACAGUAGAUUGUUUUCUUUUGUUUUUUCCCUCCCAGUGUUUUACAUUUCUAAAACAGCACUGAUCAGGGCAUCCUCAUUCUCUAGUGGAGCCAUCAGUGAGGUUUGGCUUAACCAAUCUGUGCUAGAAAUAGUCUGCAAUUCCUUCAGAGAAGGCAGCCCUUUGGGAAGAUUUUUGACUCUAUCUGAUCAACAUUCCUUUUGUUGGUGACAUUUGUGAAUUUCAGUAAUCUGAGCUUUGGAUGGCCUUUUAAAUAAGAAUCCAGUAUGUAAAGGUUAAUUGCUGUGCUGCAAAGAUCUUGUCUCUUGGCCCCUGUAGGAAGUUAACCUUUGUUGUUUUUCUUUUGUGAUAUUUUGCUUAUUGCACAAUUGCUUUAGGGUUAAAUGAAUUAUAUUAAGAUGCCUUGAAAUUAUAUUAUAGCACUCCUUGAUUAAGAAGCUAAAAUGUUUUCUGUCAUUUACUCCUUAAAAGACUUAAAUUAGUUUCGGACAUUCUUAAUGUUAUUUUUCAGCAUCUGGUUUAUGUUAAUAUAAGAGUGAGAAUAGCUUAUAGAUAGCCACAGGCCCCUGAUGUAAUGAGAAGAAAGGCCUGCUCGUAACUACAGCAUUGUCCUGCCCCUUUCUCACUUUCUCCAUUACAGUUUUCCCCACACUCUUUUCCUCCUGCCACAGUUUGCUAACAUUUUUUAAAUUCUUCUGUGACCAUUAGUUUCGUGUCCCAUAAACAUCCUCUCAGGAUAUUCUCAAAUUUCAAAAUGGAAAAUGUUCAGCUGUGUAGUUAAUUAAAUUUAAAUUUUUGCAUAGCAACUGCUCAAACUACUAAAUACAUUUAUCUGAGAAAGUCUCUGAGAGUACUUCAUACCUCCUUCAGUCUAUGUAAAUUCCCUGAGAAUGUUCUAGAGAUAGAUUAAUCAUUUACAGUGGCUUCUGUUAACAAAUAAAAGUACCUAUGAUUUCUCCCUUUUUUGCUCAGGGAUGAUAGGGAUUUCCUUUUACCUUCUGAGGUAGGAUUUUUUAAGUGAGAAGAACAGGACUUUUAAAUAGUGUCACAAGGGUCUACAAUAUAACCUAUAAUUCCUACACAUACUGCAAAUAUUUCUUUAAAUUGUGCAGGAAAAUGAGCCAACUUCUUAUUUCUUCACAUCUUUGGAAAGAACUUUAACCAGUAAGCAAUUUUAUAACUUUAAGAGAUCAUCAAAGCUACUGUCCUGAUUCCUGAUAGAGAAAAAAAUCCUGUUUCCUUAUAACAAGGCAAGGAGAAAUGCUUAUUUUAUUCCUGAUAAUUUACAGAGCUAGAAUACAAUUUUUUUUUCCAUUUUGAACCUAAAUCUGCCAAUUAGAGUUUGGUGCAUGAAAUAGGAAGUUACUUUUUAUAGAGAAUAAGUGCUUUUAAGGCCCUAAAAGCCUUGUCCCUAAGUAAUGAUGUUGAUAAUAAAAGCCUUUGAAAGGCUAAAAACCUAAGUAGUGGUACCAUAGCAUUUGGUACUUCUAAAUGAGUGGAGAGUGGCAGCUCGUUGAGAGUUGCAUGCUGCAACCACGUGUUCAGCAAUGAAAUAAAUACUUCUAGAAUGUUCCCUUCAGUGUGCAGUUUUGUUAUCUAGUUAAUUUAUGUACACAUAUCCUUCUAGGUACAUUUCUACCUAAACUCAGUGGGUUAAUUAAAAAAAUGAGAAGCAGGAGAUGAGGAACAAAGGAAUAAGAAAGUAGUUUAAGAUUAUGAUGAUAGAAAAAUGAAAGAAAAAGACUGUCAUAAUAUGUCUCCUACUUCUGUUCUUUAUUGGAGGUAGUGGGAAGAUCUGACUGGAUGAAAUGUAUCAGCAACCAAACAGACAUCUAAAAUAAAAUGUGAUAAACAACUAUACAGGGUUGUUAGGGGCACAUUAAGAAAGGACACCAAAUUUACUUUGGAGAAGAGUGUAGUAAGAGGAGAAAUAGGGUAUUCUAGACAGAGUCAAUGGCUUGUGCAAAGUCAUGAGUUACAAAGAACAAGGCACGUUUUGGAGAUGGUUAUUAGCUUGGUUCACCUUAAUUCAUAGCGUUAGUGUAGGCAGUUGAGACUUGAAAAAGAAACACUAGACUGGUAUACUAUCAUAAAAGGACUUUGCUGCCCUAAGGUGUUUAGACUACACUAACAUCAGUGGCAAGAGAUGACAUCACAUUUAUAGUUUCAAGUGAUCAUUCUGGCCAUAGUUUUAAAAGAUAUAUUAGAGACGGAUAAGCCUGGAAAUAGGGAGAUGAAACUAAGGAGCCAUCCAAGGUAGAAUGAGACAUAGGAGACAGAUUUCAAGUGAUUUUCAAGAAAAGAGUCAUCCCAGGUAUCAAAUAAUAACUAAUGUUUACAUAAUGCUUUCUUUGUUAGGAGCUUAUUUAAUUUUAUUCUCACAUUGACACUUUAUUUUAUUCUCACAUUGGUGUUUUGAAGUAAGUACUGUUCAUACCAUAUGAAUGAAGCAACUUUAUAACGGUUACCACUCUGAGGCACAGAAGAGUUAAGUAAUUUGUUCAAAGUUGCAGAGCUAGAAAGUGAUGAAGCUAAGAAUUGAGCCUAGUAGUUUGGCUCCAGAGUCUUGCUUUUCUCCACUAUAUUAUACCACCAAGAGGUCAAAUAAGUACCAAAAAAUGUAUUUUGAAUUUAGUGAUUAGGAACUUAAUCAUACAGGUAGAAGUAAUUCCAGAGAAGUGGGGACAAGUCAGAUUGCAAUGGGUUGAGGAUCAUGUGAACCACUAGGAAGUAAACAUGUAGAACUCCUCUUACAAGUAGCUUCUCUGGUGGUUAUGACAUUGAACUUCAUAACAUACUUUAGUUGAACGUGUCACAAAUAUUAAAAUGUAGCAGUAUUUGGCACAUUGUACGUACAUAUGUUCAUUAACUGCCUAACAGUGGUUCUUAGCCUUUUUGGAAAACCUUUAAAAAUCUGAUGAAAAGUAUGUGCCUUUACUCCAGAAAAAUGUUCCUGUCUAUGUGCAUACCAAGUAUCACAUACUAUGUCAGGGUAUUCAAGAACUCCAUAGAGCCCAUUCGUGACCUAGUGGUCCAUGAUUCCCCAGUUAAGAACUCCAAAUAUAUAAGAUGUGGAGCUCAAAGGUAAGUACCCAAAAGCCUUGAAAACUGUCCAGCUGUGGUGAAUUGGAAGAAUUCUGCAGUUUGAAUUAACUUCGUGGAUGAGAUGCAUUCUUGAGAAAUUGUGUACCCAAAAAAAAAAAAAAUUUCCUGUAGUGCUUUCAGGGAUCUGGUUCUAUAGAAAAAAAUAUACAUUUAAGAAUAUUAAAACUUAUAGUUUCUUCUAUCAGUGGGAAGUCUUAUAAAAGCAAGUUAAGAAGGCAAAUGGAUAAUCAUUUCUGCACACACGGUAUUUAAUACAUGUAUAAGAAAACAUCUCAUAAUUUAAAUUCUCAUCUUAUUGGGAGUUGCAUGACUAAGGGCAGAAGUGGUGGUGGCCACACAAUUAAGGCUUUUGGUUAGCGUAUUUAGCAGAACUGACUGAGCCCCACCUGGUUGUCAUUUCAGCUCAGCAAAAGGCAAAGAGCAGUGGUUGUAUAGAUGUUACUACUGUAACUGCACAUUAACUGAUUGGAUUAAACAGCUUGUACUGUAAAGGUCCCCAAAGAAAAAUUUGUAGCAUGUCUGACAUAGUUUGAGAUAGAAUGGGCAAAUUUGGUCUCACAUCCCACUCAUUACAGACAGGGUUGACCCAAUAGUGUAAAACUAUAUCGAGCAAUUUAACCACUCAGUUCUAAUAAAGUUUAUUUCAAGUGCUGUAACUGAAUUCAUGUUUUAGAUUAGACAAAUUGUUGUAAAUUUGGUUUCCAUAUACUAAUCAAGACUGGAUUGUUUUUUCUCCCAUAACCUUUAUUUAUUGAGCACUGUGUAUUAGGCAUUUUGCAUGUAUUAUUACAGUCCUCAUAACCAUUUUCCCAGCUUGCCCAAGGUCACAUAGCAAGUUGAAGUCCUUAGGUUCAGUUCCAGGACUGCUGGACCCCUAGUCAGUCAGUACACUAUACUGUUGACUGCUCCUGAAUGAUGAUGUAAACGCGUUCUUAAGCUCUGGUGUUUCAGUUUGUCCUGUCGGGUUAGUUUGCCUUUUUUUAAAAGGGUAAAUUAAUUUUUAUGAUUUCGUUAUUCCCAUCUCCUUUUAAUUUACUUCUCUGUCAUUUCUCCCUUUGUUCCUUUUUAAUAUUUUGUGCUCUUGAGUUCUUUUUUGCCCUUUCUCAUGCUUGGUUUGUAAUACAUCUUAUUUUAUUUGCUCGCACUUUUUCAUUUUAUCUCAAUGUUAAUUCAAUGUUUAUUUACAUCUGAAUCACUGAAGGUUUAGCGAAGUGAUUUUUAAAAAUAAAUCCCCCCUUUUUUCCUGUUUUUUCCCCCAUUCUCUGCUCUUUUUCCUCCACUCUUUCUCUUCCCUUCUUUUAUCCCUUCCCAUUUUACUUCAUUUCCCUAGAUGGUAUUUGUACUUAGGAGUUAAUGUAAUGCUACAACUUUGUUUCUGCAAGCGAGAGCUUCAAAAUAAACUGUUAUGUUUACUCUUUA